AUGACGAAACUGAUUACGGGUUGGAAAGUUGAUGACGUCAUCGACUGGAGGGGUCCCUACGGUGUCGACGAAUGUGAGCGAAUUCAAAAGGUUAGUUUCAAAUGGAAUGGAUGGUCGCACUUGGAAUGGCUGAGCGUGUCGCGGUGCGCUGCGGUUUGGGAUUUUCUAGUGAAAUGAUAAGUUUUUUUUUUUCACGGCUGGCUUAAAGGCAUAGGGGCAGUACAAAACGGUGUUUCAGUUUAAAGCAGUACUUUGUAGAGCUUUUCAUUGCGAAUCGAACGGUGAACUUGGAAACGUACAGAAGUUCCUAGUUUUGGAGAAAAAAUAAUUCAAAGUUGGAGAGAGGAAAGUUUGAGUUCCCGCAAAAAGGGCGCUUUGCAGUAAAGUUGCUCUAUGGACAACAGGCUUUCCCAUCUUCCGGAUUUUCGCUUUUUUCUUCGUUUCUUUCAAUUUUCAAUUUUUUUUUGUUGUCACCAAAGUUCUUUUCGUCACAAAAGCUUUCUAUUCAUGUAUAGUUUGCAAACUUUGAUCGCAAAAAUGCUUUUCUGGUGAAAAAUGAUGAUUUUACAUCGGUUUCGAUUGGGAUAGCAUUAUUUUGUGUUUUCUUUAUUAUCGGUGUGUGUUUUUUGUUUUACUAAACGUUUUUUCAGAAAAGAAACCCUUAAUUUGAAGCAGAGAGCCGGUUAUUUCUCACAAAAUGCGAGUCUAAUGAGACGUCCGCAACAUUGCGUGCACGGCUACUGUAAACAUUUUGUCCGUAGGCCGAUCCAAAGCUUUUUUUCAAAAAAAUAAAGGCGGGAAAAGUAAAAUCGCGUUUUUUUCUUCUAAAGUUGUCACAUCUGUAAUUGUUUUUGAGUACACCAUUCGAUUCGCAAAGAAAAACUAUAUAAGAUACUGCUUUUACCUGAAACCCCAUUUUUUACUGCCCCUAUGCCUUUAAAACAAACAUUAGCACUACAGAGUUUUCAAAGAAGAGGUGAAAAUUUAAACUUCGAAUUUGCUAGUCAAACAUUCUUUUUCCAGUUCGAGAAGCUCAUUCUGGUCGCCGGCGGUACUGGAAUUGCGCCAUUUAUCCGAAUUGUGGAAGAUAUUCUAAUUCAUGACAAAGAUGUGAUAGUUCGUCUGGUCUACUGCGUUCCAACAGUCGAACAGGCCAUUUAUCGAGAAAAAAUGGCGAGAUGGGGCCAACAUUGGAAUGUGAAGAUAGUCCUAUAUGUUUCCAAAGAAGGAGAGGUGAGUUCCACUUAGGAAAUCCCAAGUGGUCCCUAUUAGUGUUCUAAAAUUCGACCGUUCAACUGAUAUGACCGUUCAGUUUUUCGAACGGUUAUAACAUGUCAUUUUUCUGACCGUUCGUUUGACCGACCAAUUUCUGAAAUAUACGAAACCGACCGACCAUUUUCAGAGUGACAUUUCGAACGGUCAAAAAAUGACCGACCAUUUUUGAAGUGACAUUUCGAACGUUCGAAAAAUGACCGACCAUUUUCAGAGUGACAUUUCGAACGGUCAAAAAAUGACCGACCAUUUUCAGAGUGACAUUUCGAACGGUCAAAAAAUGACCGACCAUUUUUGAAGUGACAUUUCGAACGUUCGAAAAAUGACCGACCAUUUUCAGAGUGACAUUUCGAACGGUCAAAAAAUGACCGACCAUUUUCAGAGUGACAUUUCGAACGGUCAAAAAAUGACCGACCAUUUUUGAAGUGACAUUUCGAACGUUCGAAAAAUGACCGACCAUUUUCAGAGUGACAUUUCGAACGGUCAAAAAAUGACCGACCAUUUUCAGAGUGACAUUUCGAACGGUCAAAAAAUGACCGACCAUUUUCAGAGUGACAUUUCGAACGGUCAAAAAAUGACCGACCAUUUUUGAAGUGACAUUUCGAACGUUCGAAAAAUGACCGACCAUUUUCAGAGUGACAUUUCGAACGGUCAAAAAAUGACCGACCAUUUUCAGAGUGACAUUUCGAACGGUCAAAAAAUGACCGACCAUUUUUGAAGUGACAUUUCGAACGUUCGAAAAAUGACCGACCAUUUUCGAAGUGACAUUUCGAACGUUCGAAAAAUGACCGACCAUUUUCGAAGUGACAUUUCGAAUGUUCGAAAAAUGACCGACCAAUUUCAGAGUGACAUUUCGAACGGUCAAAAACCAACAUGUCAUUCUGAAGUGACAUGUUGAAAUGUUGAAACUCCAACCGUUCGACCAAUGACCAUUUAUUAUGACAUGUUGAAAAAAUAUUGGUCGAACGGUCGGUCGAACGGUCAAUUUUCGAAACUAUAGUCCCUAUAGGGGCAAUCUUAGGGGUCCUUAGAGCAUCCUUUAUAGUUAACACUUUGUCAACCCAUAUAAAACUUGAAAAAGUGCUCCCUCCAGGGGACUUCCUAGUGGCCUCUCAAGGCAGUUUUCUAGUGACCCCUAGAAAAAAUUUACACAACUUUCAGCACGCCGAAGAGCUUCCCCAUUUGCUGAAAUGGAAAAAUAACCGAUUGGAUGAAGCCGGAUUUUCGGAAGAGUUCAACUUUUUCAAGUCCUCAAGUUUGGAGAAAAUUGGGGUUUGCUUAAAAUAAAAAAAUUUUUUGGAGAAAAUCCACUUUCAGAUCGCAGUUUGCGGGCAGGCGACUCUGGAAAAAGAUGUAAUGAACUGGGCGAAGAAAAUUGGAGUUCCUGGGGACAAUAUUAUUCGGUUUCCACCGUAA